ACUACAAGUCCAGUCGGAACAUGCGGCAAAAUAAAGUUCGGAAGUUCCCGAUGACGUCGCCCUCCACAACACCAAGGCAGGCUGGCGACGUGGCGAAGAGGCAGGGCGGAAGGAUAAAGAAUACGCGUUUGCCGGCUGUUCAGCAGAACUGAGUGAUGUCACACAGUGACUCUGAGGGCAGUGCCACCACAGAGAUGCCCCAGCACCUCUCCCUGCCCCUCGAGAGUGACCCCUCUUCUCCUGGGGACACGGAGACGUGUGACCCCCCCGCUCAGCCUGGACCCCUGCUGGACAAUGAAGGGAGCGAGGCGGCCAACCCUCCGAGGGAGGCAGAGUCCCAUGGGAACCAAUCAGAGAAUACGGCUGGCAUUCAGGUGACUGAGUGUACCGAAUCAGUGAGCCUGGAGCCAGAUGGACCUGUUGGGAGCGUUGUGGGGCAGGAUGGCGUACUACAGGACUCCUCUCAGAGCAGAGACAAAGGCUGGGGAGGUUGGGGUUCCUGGGGAAAGUCUAUUCUGACGAGUGCAACUUCCACUGUGGGCCAGGGGCUCAGUGCUGUGAAGGAGAAGGCGGGGGUCACCCUGCGCGUGCAGAGAACCUCUGUGUGCGAGGAGGUCGAGGAAGACCUGGCAGCCCAGACAGAUUCUGAUCCGGGGGAUCCUGGCGCGUCUGUGGGCUCCUCCGCCAUGGCAACCAGAGGAGUUCUCUCCACCAUCACCAGCGCUGUCCAAAACACAGGAAAGUCUGUUAUAACGGGAGGCCUGGAUGCGCUGGAGUUCAUCGGGAAGAAGACCAUGACGGUGCUGGCAGAGAGUGACCCUGGGUUCAAGAGGACCAAGACGCUAAUGCAGAGGACUGUGUCCCUGUCGCAGAUGCUGAAGGAGGCGAAGGAGAAGGAGAGGGUGAGGCUGAGCUCCCAGCCAAUCAGUGAGCCCACGGCGCAUUAUGGCAUUCUCUUUGACGACUUCCAGGGUCUGUCCCACCUGGAGGCGCUGGAGAUCCUGUCCAAUGAGAGCGAGGCUCAGGUGCAAGCAGCCCUGGUGUCGCUCGAGGACGAGACCUUGGAGGUUCUGAAGAAAGACCUGAUUGCCAUCAAGGAUGUCUUCUUAGAGGGAGCCAGUGAGAAGGAGCAGGAGGCGGAGUCAGAGGAAAAUGCUGCCAGUGGGGAGGAGUUUGUCAGUGUUUUGACAGAGCUUCUGUUUGAGCUGCAUGUUGCUGCUACUCCAGACAAACUCAACAAGGCUCGGAUGAGGGCACAUGAUUGGCUGAGGGAGGUGUCGCACCCCAGUGCGGGACAGGCUGCGGAAUCAGAGCCGAAGGACGGGAUGAAGGAGGAGCCAGAGGCGGGGCUGAGGGAGGAGCCAGAGGCGGAGCAUGCCAGUGAGCCCGCCCCUUCUGCAGGCCAGAGAGAGGAGGAGAACCAAAUGGAAAAUGGCCGCCCCGAGAGAGUGGAGGGUGUGUACCUGUCCGCAGUAGGCAGUCUGGCGGAGGUCACUGCUCGCAGCAUUGAGCAACUGCACAAGGUGGCUGAGCUGAUCCUGCAUGGACAGGACCUGGAGAAGGCAGCACUGGACCAGGCACACAUUCUCACCAGGCUGACCACGGCCAUGUGCAAGGAGGUUGGCUGUUUGUCCAAGAGUUUCUCCGACACCCUGCUCAUCGUGGGGACCCAAAAGAAGGCCGAGGAGCUCAACCCCAUGGUGGACAGCAUUUUACUGGAGGGCGCUAACAGCACCAGCUACAUCCAGAACGCCUUUCAGCUCCUACUGCCAGUGCUUCAGUUCUCCCAUAUCCAGACCAGCCGGGCCAGAACCGGCCCGGAGUCCGGCCGAGACCAGCAGGACUCAGACCAGCGUUCAGCCUGACUGCAGGUCCUCUUGCCUGCCUGCUUGCCACCCACCACAGCAGUAGUGUCAUUGCCGGAGCCUGUGCACGUAUGUAUUUAUGUAUGUAUGUAUGUAUGUACAGUAGUAAUAUAUGUGUGGUCUUUGGAAGGGAAGGAUAGUGGAUUAAUAGCAGUGAUGCUGUGUAUCUGCAGUGUCGUUUGCAUCUGCAUUGAUGGCCUCUUGCCUGGGUUUGCCCUUAUUGUAUGUUUUACCUUCUCUGUGGUUUUAAAGCUGCUCAACUGAGGUGAGCAGAGAGUACAGUAACUGCUCUCGCUGCGUAUGACUCACUGAUCUUAACCAGACGCUCGCUGCCCAUGACUCACUGAUCUUAUUAAACUUAGCUGUAUUCACUCAUUAA